GGGGGACUGAUGCUCGCUGCAUCAUACGCAAACUUUGCACGUAAGCGUAUACGUGCACAAAAGCGGCUGUAAGUUUCACCGAUUAAAAUACAUAAAAAAAAUUACGUAUGCAAAAUUGCACAUGGACAACUAUUAAACUCUUGUUUUUGCGCUAUGUCAACAUAAAUCAAGCCACCUAGCUUUUUUGCGUACCAGACGAGCACUGUCAUACAGGGCAUAAAAAAAUAGAAAAUCGAUGUAAAUAUUUAAAUAUUAGUUACUAUUUUGCAAACAGCAAAAGUUUAAGGCUGCAAGCGUAUUAGAUAUGCGCAAUGCGCUUGCGCACUUGGACGCGCGCAGGGCCCAACCCACCCCUCUCUCUGCGCGAAAGUGGGGGUGCGUGGGCGUGCUCUUACGGCUAUUGGAGGAUGGUGAGAAAAUAGUGGAGUGGGGGAAGGAGGCGCCUUUAAAGGGCCCUUCUGCGGCUCCGGUGUGCAGUACUACAAGUCAGUCUAACGCCGAAUCUCGGAGAGUUAACAGCAAAAUAAGUAAGAUCAAGUGUGCCUCUGAAGUUUACGCUUACAGCAGAACUUUUCCACUUGCUUCGAGUUUUGCACGUCUGCUACAAGUUUUCAUUUAUCUUCGCACGCGUUUAAAAUAGCUCAACACCAUGAGUACGAUUAAAGAGGAGAACAACUUCUUCUUCAUCGGUGACGGGACGGAGGUGCAGGUCAAAAUCGAACCAACCAUCGAAGUCAUCGAAGAACAGUUUUUUGAACCAUAUAGCUUCGAAGGUCUCGUUAAUGGUGACUUUGAUUAUUUAUUAAGUGGAAUGCGAGAGAAGGAAGAAGCGAAAGAAUCAAAAAACAACCAGACCAACACUCCUGUAAGGCUUAAUGAUACCGAAUUUAAGAUCCUAGAACAUGCUACGAAGCUUAAAAGCUCGCGCGUCGCGUUGACCAGACUAUCUAAUGAGGAGAUCCACGAGUGUCGCCGAAAAAGCGAAGCGAGGCGGGCAAAGAGCGUAGCCGAAGAACUGAAAAUGAAACCAAUGCUCAUGCGACUAAGAGAAAGAAAGACAAAAGUUGUCUACUAUCCUCGCUAAUUUGUAUUAGUAUGUAUUAGUAAUAACAAAUUACCUGAUCACUUUUGGGCAUUCCACCCUCGAAAUUCGUGUUCAGGAGGCAAUAAUACAGAAAAAAAACCUUGGUGAUCUACUGGUCAUUCAAGUCCGACGAAAAGUGCUCAGCGCCUAGCCUAUAUGUACCAUAGUAAUAUUAUUAAUUAAUUAAGAAAUAAAAAACCAUUUUUUUAUAAUUAAAAAUUAUUUUCUUAUGUACAGUAUUCAACGCUCACCCAUAAACCUAUUACAUAUUAUUAUAUAAUUUAUUCAUCACGUAU